AUGUUUCUUCUGAGAAAGUCAUGGUUCCGCCGACCAAGACCUGAUACGGAAAAAUUGCCGUGUCCACCAAUGAUUGUUGUCGACAAUGAAAAAGCACCCGAUGACGAGGUACCUCAGUUGUGUGAUAUAAGCUUCACCACAACGACGCCAUAUGACCCGACAGAAUUCAUUGCCAACCAGCCUGCUGUCUUGAACCCCGCUGCCAAUCGCACAUUAAUUCACACAAUCCAAUCCGACAUUUUUUCAAAUACCAGCCCAUCAGAUGGGGAAGAAGAAACCUUCUACCACCUCGGUACCCUGAUAACAGCUUCUUGCAUGCCCUCAACCAGACGCAAGUCAAGGAUGUCGACAUCUACUAUUAUAUCUGAAGGUGGACGACGUGAAAGCCAGAAAUCUGAUGUGAAGCGUGAGUCUUCAAUUAUCAAUUUGAAUAUUGGAGAUCUGCCAGCUUUGCCAUUACCAAGAUCGGAAAAGCGCAAAGGCAGACCCGGCCCGCGAUACAGUCCUCUUCCUCCGCCUUUCGUUCCAAAAUCACUCAUCAUGAGGCCCGAGGUUCGCUUCUAG